AUGCAGCCAUGUAAGUACUACCUCUAUCUCCACAGACCACUGCUUUCAGUGCGACUGAAGACCCGGAAACUUCGGGGCCACAUGAGCCACGGCCACGGCCGCAUCGGCAAGCACAGGAAGCACCCAGGGGGCCACGGUAAUGCUGGCAGCCUGCAUCAUCACAGGAUCAACUUCGACAAAUAUCACCCAGGCUACUUUGGGAAAGUGGGUAUGAGACAUUACCACUUAAAGGGGAACCAGAGCUUCUGCCCAACUGUCCGCCUCGAUAAACUGUGGGCCCUGGUCAGUGAGCAGACACGGGGAAAUGCUGUCAAGAGCAAGACUGCAGCUGCUCCGUCACUGGUGUGGUGCGAUCGGCUACUACAAAGUUCUGGGGCAGGGAAAGCUCCAAAGCAGCCUGUCACCGUGACGGCCCAGUUCUUCAGCAGAAGAGCUGAGGAGAAGAUGGAGGGUGUUGGUGGGGCCUGUGUCCUGGUGGCUUGAA